CGAAAGAGUAGCCUUCUGAUACCAACGAGUUUAAAGCAGGCGAAUCGUGACGAUGGAGUGAAACACCAAGUGUACCGUCAGGAAUGAAGUGUUCGUUGUAUUAAAUUAUCGUAGUCAAUGAAGAGGGAGUGCAACGCGUAAUCAAUAAUAAAGGUGGAUCCAUCUCGUAGUAAAGAUGGAACGAAUUAUCAGUGACUUGGAAGAAGGAAUACACAUCCAUAAGUUUGAUUUGAAAAAAAACGCUGAGGAAACAAAGCUAAUCGUUUCCAGAGACACAAAGCAAAUCAUCUGGUUGAAAUCUUCUCCUUCCAUUUGUCGCUAUGAAAGCGCUAUUGACCUAUGUGAUAUUAAAGAAAUUAGGAUCGGCAUAGAUCCGAAGGAUUUGGAACGAUUGCCGAAGACUAAAAAAAAGUUGAAGGCGAACAGGUGCUUUGUCAUCUAUUAUGGUGCCGAAUUUUGCUUGAAAACUGUAAUUCUGUUCGCGUCAACCGAAAGGGAUUGUGAACGCUGGGUAGAAGGUUUAAAUUAUUUGGUCCAAGACGCCGUCAACGCACCGUAUCCCGUCCAAGUCAAAAGUUGGCUGAAAAAACACUUUUAUUCGACGUCGGAUGCGCAAGGGAUGGUAACUUCGAAAACUGUGAAGGAUUUUCUGUCGAAAACAAAUUACAAGAUCCCAACCGACAAACUGUCGAUGGUUUUCAAUUUUUUUGACGUUAAAAAAAAGCAUGAGUUAACCUUCCGUAGAUUUGUAAAUCUGUACGAGAACGUGAUGUUCGAUGGAAAAGACAUCACACCCUGGAAACACCUACUCAGAUAUUCGAACGACGGCCGGAUAAUCACCCGGCAAGAGUUCCAGAAUUUUCUAGUUUCGGAACAGGAAGAGUUUUUGAAUUCCGACGUCGGAGAGGUGUCUCAAUACAUGAGAAACUACUUGCAAGAUUCGCAAAGGGAAUUGUCCUACCCUUACUUCACUUUGUCGGAGUUCAUCAGUUACCUACAUUCGAAACACAACGAAAUUUGGGACCGCAGCAACGACCAGGUCACGCAAGACAUGACGAAACCCUUGUCCCAUUAUUGGAUCGCGUCAUCUCAUAAUACCUACCUCAACGGUCAUCAGUGGUACGGGCAAAGCAGUUGCCGGGCGUACGCCAGAGUAUUAAAAUCUGGCUGCAGGUGUAUCGAACUGGACUGUUGGGAUGGACCGGAUCACAAGCCGAUCAUUUAUCACGGGAAUUCGAUCACGAAAAAAGUCGAAUUCUCGGACGUGAUAAAAACUAUCAAAGAAUACGCAUUCGUGACUACCGAUUACCCGCUAAUUCUUUCGAUAGAGGAUCACUGCACGGUGGCUCAGCAACGCGUCAUGGCCACGAUUAUGAAGGACGUUUUCGGCGACAGCCUUCUGACCAAGUGCGUUGACGAAAAUGAAACAUCUCUACCAUCUCCCGAGGCAUUGCGCCGUAAAAUUCUACUGAAACACGCCAAGCUCCCGGAAAAUUCCGACGGAGUUAUUUCGCCCCCGCAAAACGACGAACGUAACGAAGAAAUGGAUUGCAGAAGGGUGAUAAAAAACGGACUCCUACACCUCGAGGAUCCUGUUUCGAAAGUUUGGAAACCUCACUUCUUCAAUUUGACGGAUAAAAAGCUCUACUACACCGACAUGUACUUGCAUACGAUGGCGAUAAACCAGGAUAAAGAAGAAGAGUCCACGUUCGACGAUGUACCGGAAAAUAUGCCGCAGGAGGAGUUGCACUACGAGGAAAAAUGGUUUCACGGUACACUCGAAAAUGAAAGAAAAGAAGCAGCUGAACUCCUUCAACGUUACUCGCAUCUCGGAAACGGCACAUUUUUAGUCAGACAAAGUCGGAGCCACCCCGGUGAUUUCGGGCUCUCGUUAUGGUGCAACGGAAAACCGUAUCACUGCCACAUUCAAUCGAAAACAGAAGAUGGUAGAACAAAGUUUUUUCUUCACGAAUUACACAUUUUCGAUAGUAUAUACGAUUUGAUUAUAUUUUAUCGUAGCCAUCCGAUCAAAACUCAGGCAUUCACCAUCACAUUACAAGAUCCGGUUCCUCAGCCGAGCACGCACGUGGGAAAAAAUUGGUGGCACGCGAACUGUAACCGUAGAAAAGCCGAAAAGUUGCUGAGCAGAACUCAUCCUAACGGUGCUUUUUUGGUGAGGCCUAGUGAGAUGGAAAUUGGAGCGUACGCAAUUUCAUUGAAGGCAGAUGGCGAAAUUAAGCAUUGUAGGAUAACGUUGGAGGGUCGACUUUGUACGGUUGGAUCAUAUCGGUUUGAAAAUUUGGUCGACCUUAUCAGUUACUUCGAACGUAAUCCCCUCUACAAAAAAGUGAGGCUGACUCAUCCCGUCAUAUGUAAUCAAUACGAGAUCGUGGAGCCGGAAGACGAAUCGAAUAGAAAUGUGAAUCUCAGAAAAGAAAAAACGAGAUCAUGGCAGGGAGAUUAUAUGGAGAAAAGUCAGAAUGAAGUUGUCGGAGCAACUGACUCAAAAAAGGAUGACAGCGAAACUGAUGAUUUGCAGAAGUCGUUUGAGAUACGAGGGGCUGAGGUAAACCUAAUCAUAAGCUCGCGACCCGGAAUACAAUUCGUAUUGACGGUACGAAAUCCGAAUGUGCAAUCUGAGUGUCUCCAAAUAUCCGCACCUUCGAUGGAAUGUGCCGCGGAAUGGGAGAAAAGUAUAUCGAAAGUUGCGCGAAAUAUCAGCACGGAGCAAAGGCGGAAAAAAAAAAUGGAAGCAACGUGGCGAAUAGCGAAGGAAUUAUCCGAUUUUAUAGUAUACUGUCGUACGGUUAACUUCGAUAUUGACAGAAUUCGAAAAAGAGGUUUCGACUUUCGCGAGAUGAGCAGUUUCGACGACACCAGAGCCAAGAAGCUCAUGUCCCAUCAAGAGACUAAAUUCUUUCUAGAGUAUCAUCAGUUCCAGUUCAGUCGAGUAUAUCCAUCGCCGAUACUCCACAUGGAUUCGUCAAAUUUUAAUCCCGUGCCAUUGUGGAAUUCCGGCAGUCAAAUGAUAGCCUUGAAUUAUCAGACCGGUGACAAACCGAUGCAGCUGAACCGGGCGAAGUUCAGAGAAAACGGCGGCUGCGGGUACGUGCUGAAACCGGAAUUCAUGUUCGCCGAAGAUUUCAAUCCACACGACAGAAGUGCCCUGUGGAAAAUGGAUAUGAUGUACGUCGAUUUGAAGAUCAUCAGCGCCAGGCACCUCGUCAAGUUGGGCAAAAGCAUCGCCAGUCCUUCGGUCGAUGUUGAAAUAAUUGGCGCAGACUUUGAUUCCGGAAUAAAGUUAACCACCAAAACAAUCAGAGACAAUGGAUUGAAUCCGGUGUGGAACGAGAGUUGCAAAUUUCAAAUACUCAAUCCACAUUUCGCUAUGUUGCGAUUUCUGGUACAAGACGAAGAUGCAUUUGGCGAUAAGAAUUUUAUUGGCCAAGCCACAUUCCCGAUCCGAACCAUAAGGACAGGCUACAGAAGCGUGCCUUUACAGAAUAAUUUCAGCGAAGAUAUACAUCUCGCCUCCCUGUUAGUUCACGUGAAGAUAAAAUAUUCACCGAAAAUCAUGCAUCUGAGAACAGCCUCUUUCACGAAUCUCGUGUCCCAAAGUAGCAUGAAUAUGGAUAACGACAAAGAGAAACAAGCGGCGCGGCCAAAAAGCUUCAAUUUUUUGGGUGAGCCAAAAAUAUUUUUCAUCAAAGAAAAGGGAAAAGGCAAAGGACUUUGGUAACUGGCCAGACGACCGCCCGAAUCAACUUACGAAGCGUAGUGACGGUCAGAAAACGAUCAUUCAUCGCCGUCAUUUCACCCUCGAUAAUAUUCCGAUACCUGCUACUGCAAAAAGGGUGAAAAAGAAUUAAAU